AUGAAGUUGUUCAUCUCAUUGGAACUGUAUAUUACUGGCUUUUUUAUAUGGUUCGUUGCUGGAAAUCAUACAGUUAUGUAUUACACAUCUUUAUUCAAGAGCAUUCACGAUACAUAUGGCACUGCCGGGAUGAUCAUAGCGUCGAGUACCAAUUAUCAAUCAUCCGCAAGGCUGACAACUUGGCAUGAAACAUGCAGGAUUCUGUCGGAUGAAGGGAUACCAACGGCCUUUGUGAAUUUCGCAAGCUUUAACGCGAGAUUGAAGUUUUACACGAAACGAACUGUCCGUCCAUUGGCUGUUGUUCUUAUCCGGAGAAUGGCUGACGUGAACAUCUUCAAGGGAAUUGCGAAGGAGUUAGAUAUGAGUUACCCCGUCUGGCUGAUAAUAUUCACAAAAGACGCGGAAGAGAGUGUUUGCGAAUUUUGUCGUCAUCCGCGCACAAACUCGUUCAAUCUGAGGUUCAAUUCAGAAAUACUUAUUUCUUGCUGCGAGUCCAGUGUCCUCCGGGAAUGGUGGUCGAAGGCGGGGAAUUACACGCAUGCGAGGAAAAUUGGUGAGUGGAUUGAUGAGGAUCGAAGGAUUCAGUGGGCCACCGAUCAGUCUCUUUACAGUCGUCGACAUUUCUUCAUUCGGCGAGACUUUCGGGUCUCCAUCGUCAGGGGUUCGAGUUACAUUUGGGAGAAAAAUGGCGAACUCGAUGGAUAUCUCGGCGAAAUUCUAAAGGAGCUAUCCCGAACAAUGAACUUCACCAUAUCAGCCCUAAUUAAGGAGCCUCAUUACGGCAGCUACGAUCCCAAAACGUCAAGGUGGACAGGUGUGAUCGGCCGAAUUGUCGAGCAAGAGGCUGAUCUGGGGGCUUCUGAAUUCACUCUGAGUCUUCAACGUUUAGACGUAGUUGAUUUUACAAUUCCCAUCGCCGUUGGCGACUGUCGACUGUACGUCAGAAAACUUGAUGGCGCUCAAUUACAGUGGAAGGCCUACUUUGGGGCGUUCAAAGCGGAUGUCUGGACUCUAAUCAUCGGUCUAAUUAUUGUUGCGCCAAUUGUUUUGACUGUCAUACGAUACACGAAGAAGCGGAAAUACGUAUUCUCCACAGCAGUUGAACAUUAUCUGUACGUUUGGGGAAUUUACUGUCAACAGGGAUUGUCAGAAUUCCCGGAUGAAACGGCCUUGAGAAUUUUGUAUGUCUCAAUAUUCAUAUCUGCGUUGGUGGUGUCAGCUGCGUACUCCGCGUCGCUAACUAGUUUUCUCACCGUCUCUUCGAUUUAUUUGCCAUUCAAUUCAAUGGAAGAAUUUGCUAAUGACGGUCGUUAUAAAUUGAUCGUCCUUCAGGAUAGCGCUGAUUAUGAUAUGUUCAAGGUGUCUAAUGAAUCAAUUAUGAAGAAGAUGAUGUCCCUGAUGAAACCAAGUCACUCACUACCUCAAACAAUGCUAGGAGGUUUCCAACAGGUCUGCACUAGGAAAGUGGCAUUUUACACAAAUGAAGCACUCAAGAGAUCCCUCAACAAACAUUUACCCUGUGACAUUGUAUCUAUAAAAACAGGAAGAAUCGAGACCCUAGGAAUGAUCAUGCCUCGUCACAGUGAAUACAUGGGACUCGUUAAUUAUCAGUGAGUUGCAUUCAAACUGACAAUUUAAGUGGGAUGAUUAUUUACUGAAACGCAAUUUAUUCAAGUAUUCAGCGAUUCAAAGACAAUGGAAUGCUGAUGCGACUGAAACAAAAGUACAUUCAGCCAGGUGAUAUGAGAGACGAGAGUGCUCUUCUGCCUGUUGGACUGGGGGGUAUCGCACCAAUUUUAUUAGUU